GUGAUGUGGUUUAGCGGAUGCUGAUGUUAAUGUAGAAAGUAUCUCCGUGGAGUUUAAACUGUCUCUUCUCUUCACCAUGUCCAAAUCGUCUAAUAGCGUGAACUCUGGUUCAAUUGUGGUUCAAGUGGGACAGUGUGGCAACCAGAUUGGACCCCAGUUAUUCAGACUGGCAGAGGAGUGUGUGACUGGAAUGGUAGAUAGAAGUGGUGUAUGUCGUGCAGUCUGCGUGGACACCGAGGAUAAAGUAGCCAAUGCCACCACACUCAACAGAUGUCUCACUAAGGCUAGAUACCGCCAAGGGAAUGUGAUCAAUGGUCAUUUUGGAAGGGGUUCCAAUUGGGCUAUGGGGUACAAUUUAGAAGAACGAUACGGGUUCAGGGGCGAGGACAGUUUCAUGGAUCAGUGUAUGGACAAGAUUCGUUUGGAGGCGGAAAGGUGUGACUGUUUCAUGGCCACUGCCAUGGUUCAUAGUAUGGCCGGAGGCACUGGAAGUGGAGUGGGAUCUAGGCUGAGCCGUGAAUUAAGAGACAUGUUUCCCAACAGGUACAUAGUGUCAGUGGUAGUGGCUCCUCUGUCUGUGGGCGAGAACCCGAUGCAGUGUUACAACAGUCUCCUCUGUUGCACCCACUUGACCACCACUUCAGACCAGAUUAUCCUCCUCGAGAAUGACUCAUUCGCCCCCAAGUUCAACAUCGAUAACAGCAGUGCAAGUGGAGAUAACAGCAGCAGCUAUUCAAAACCAAACACUGCCAAAACUACAAAAGGUAGCAGGAAUGUUGGGUUUGAUCAAAUCAAUCAACAUUUUGCCUCCAGCUUAGCGGGCAUUCUCUUCCCAACAGACGAUGUCGCAGAGAGUGGGAAUAACUGUUCUGCCAGGUACCGCAAUGUGAAACCCGGAAUGGAGAUUGCAGAGCUGGUUAGGAGUGUGUGUCCCGAUCCAUCGCUGAGAUUCUCAAGAUUGGAUUCAGUGUCGAAAAGCGCAACGAGUACUGCGACGCCAGAAUCCAUCCUGCAUUCGCUCAGCAAUAUCUACAAAACGAGUGUUUCAUACAACAAUCAGAGCAAUUCUUACACGCACCCAUCUCGAUGUAUUGCAUGUGUCGCCGCGUUUAGAGGUGGCUCGAAUUCUGCAUUGAAAUAUGACUCGGUAAAGGAGAGAUUGUCGUUUCUCAAACCUGUUGCUUGGAACCCCUUUUGGCUUGACGUUUGGACCAGUGCCGAUUGCAUUCCUUUAUCAGAUGUUAACCUGAAGUCUCAAUCAGUGUCCUUAUGUAGCAAUAGUUCUUCAAUUUCGAGGUACCUGGAUAAAGUUUGGUGUACUGCACGGCACAAGUUUGAACACAACGCCUACCUGCAUUGGUAUGAAAACUUCGAAUGCACAAAAACUGAUUUUGAUGAAGCUUUUCACACGUUGCAAAAUGUUGUUCAGGAAUACAACGAAGCUGUGGCAUAAAAGCUGCGAUAAAAAACAUCUUCUGAUUGAUUAGCGCGAAGACUUCAAACUAUUUUAAAAAAAUCCAACAAUUUCAGGCAUACAAUCAAUUAAUAGUAUCAAUUCGUUUCAAAUUUCAGACCACCUCAAGAAUUGAGUUCUAGGAUUUUGUAUAUUAUGGCUAUAAAAAAGAACGGUUUUCGUUA